AACCUCUCAGCCGAACAUUCUGCAGAUUUCCAAGGAUCAUGCAAAUGGCUUUCACCGAGAAAGACUUCUAUGCUGCGCAUUUCAAUCCAAAAGACUAUUUGGACACCUAUUACACCUUCAGCUCUGGAAAAGAAGACGAGAAUGGCUUUGUGAUUUUCUAUCUGAAAAAUCUCCACCAGGCAUUCAUUUUAGAUGACAUAAAAGGGGACACCCUGAUUGAUAUUGGAAGUGGACCAACCAUCUACCAGUUCCUCUCGGCUUGUGAGUCCUUCCAAGAAAUUGUCGCCACAGAUUAUUGUGAACAGAACUGGGAGGAGAUGCAGCGAUGGCUAAGGAAGGAGCCAGGAGCUUUCGACUGGAGCCCGGUGGUGAAAUAUGUGUGCGAGCUGGAGGGCAACAGGGAAAAGUGGGAAGAGAAGGAAGAGAAGGUCCGAAGUGCCAUCAAGCAGGUACUGAAAUGUGAUGUGACCCAGGCCAGCCCACUGGGCCCUGUGGCUCUGCCUCCAGCAGACUGCUUGCUGUCCUCCCUGUGCCUGGAAGGGGCCUGCAAAGACCUGCCCACCUACCGCUCUGCUCUGAAGAACAUCAGUUCCCUUGUCAAACCAGGGGGGCACUUCGUCUUAUGCUGCAUCCUAGAAGAAACCUACUACAAGGUGGGCCAGCGGCCCUUCUCCUGCCUCUACUUGGAGCGGGCAUCUGUGGAGGAAGCCCUCAAGGAGGCAGGCUUUGCUGUCAAGUGGCUCAAGGAGACCAAGAUCAACUUGUCGCUCUCUGUGACGGACGCAAAGGCGGUCUGUGUUGUGGUGGCCCAGAAAUGCCAGAAUUGAAGGAAAGACCCCAGGGCAAAGCAUGAAAUAUUUUGUGGUAAAAUUUGUAAUAAUAAUAAUAAUAGUUAUUUCUUUAGAACUUUUAUGUAUGUGACAACAGCAGCUAACAUAUAA